CACAGGGGCUCCAGUGUCAGAGCAUCUCUUCACAAUGAGACUCUGCAGGAUCCUCCCAUCAUGCUGCCUGGUCAUGAGCCUCAUGGCAGUCACUGGAGUCUCUGCUCUGACGGUCAGAGGAUCUGUCGGCCAGAACGUCACUCUCCCCUGCAGAUACACUGUGAGGGAUCUCGGAGUGACGACGAUGUGCUGGGGGAGAGGAGAACUACCUCUUUCCUGGUGUAAUAAUAUGAUCAUUUCCACUGAUGGACAGAGUGUGAACUCCAGACUCUCAGAGAGGUACCAGCUGCUGGGACAGCUGACCAGAGGCGAUGUCUCUCUGACCAUCCUCCACGCUCAGGAGAGCGACUCUGGGCUCUACAGCUGCCGUGUGAAAGUGCCAGGCUUGUUUAAUGACCAGAAACAUACAGUUAACUUGAUCGUUACAAAGGCUCCUUACACAACUGCAGCUACCGAAGCCACUGUCUCCGCUUCCACAGAACAGCCCUGGGACAGGAGCACAGGACACACCACAGGCAGACAGCACAAUUACACACAGGGAGGGGCUGUCCGGACAGGAACCCACCCUCCGCACGUCCCCGUGCAUAAAGCGAUGACACCCACCAUGAUGAAGAAAGAGCCUUGGAUUCUUCUCCAUUCAGCACCACACCUGUACCACUUGAACAACAUUGUGUGCAGCUUAUCAUUCUCUAAUAAAGUGUGUACAUUCAGAAGGAGUCUGAGAUUAGGAACCUAUUUCUGUACAAGUGAAGAUCCUACAACUACUCACUUUAAACAGCAGAUUAAUCCCUUUUAUAGUUCAGUGCAACAGCUGUACCACACUGACACCUAGUGGGAAAUUCUUAGAGGUGUUAUUCCUUUAGAAAAACAAUUACUGCAAAUAUUGAAACUUAUUAAAAAUAGUGGAGGAUAGGUAUAUGUAAGAGACACAUGCUUUUUUCUUAUUUUAAUCAGUUAUUAUUUAAGUAAGGAGGAAAGUCCUUAAAUAUAGGCUAAAAUUGCCUUUCUCUCUGUUAGCUUUGUGCUAAAAGUGAGGACCCAUAAUGUAAUGUAGAGAGCAGAGUCACGACAGUGUAGUGGUGUAGGAUAUCUGGAAUAAACGUCAAUAUUAACUGUGCACAAGCACUGUAUGUGGUGUCAAAUGAUGAGAAAUAACUGUAUUCCACAUGGGUGAUUUAAUACUUUAGUCAUUUUGAAAGCUUCUUGUAACAGAAGAGGACUUUACGUAUUGACAAAAUUAAAUGUAUUUCAUAUAAAAUGAAGAAGUUACAGACCAGAGGAGUCAGUUCAACCCAUAGUGCUGGUUUGUACUCAGAACCUUUUUGAACUGAGAAUCUGCUUCUGACCAGGAAAAUGAUUUCAAGUGCAAACUGGGUACCAUGUUCCAGACACCUGCUGCUCUUUGUGUAAAAAUGUAUUUCCUGUCACAUACUUCACUGUAAUAUAUAUACAUACACUGUGCUAUACUCAAGGCUCCCCAUGUUCUCCUUUGUUCCUCCACCACAUCUGGAAGAGGAAAUGAUGAGUGAACAGAGUAGUUCUCUUCACAGGCCAGUGUCUCCAGCUGAUAUUUACAGAGGACAGUUCUCCUGUCUGCAGGCACUCAUUUGCACUUUUCUACACUCAACUCCAUCUGCCCCUGUUCCAAUUCCCUUCCUGUGAUUCAAUGCAACAUUGACAUUUACAGAUCUCCUGUCCCUGCACAGGACUCCUGUAUCCAGCAACUCCUUCUAGCUAAUGGUUUGUGAAGACCAUAUUUGGG